CAGGUCAUGCACCCCUCAAGAGCUCCAAAUUGGACCCUUCAUAGAAAGGGGAAAAUGGCAGCCUGGCCCUCCUCUAGGCUGUGGAAAGUCUGUGGAGCAACUCUGUUCCAAAUGAUCGUGAUCGUGGCUCUCUUGGCUACUGUGCUUGGUGAUUGUGGUCCCCCACCCAAUUUAUUGUUUGCUUUUCCAACGACUGCGGUGACUGAGACAAACUUCGUUAGAGGAGCUACUCUGAGAUACACCUGCCGCCCUGGCUACAGUAGAAACAGUUCAUUUCAGCUUCUUACUUGUGAUGAUGGAGGCUUCUGGCGGUACGAAGUCUUCUGUGCCAAGAAACGAUGCAGAAACCCAGGAGAUUUACCUAAUGGGCUUGUGGACAUUAACACAGAUUUCUCUUUCGGAUCACAGAUAGAAUUCAGCUGUUUAGAAGGAUAUAUCUUAAUUGGCGCAACUACUAGCUACUGUGACAUCCAAGAGAAAGGAGUUGACUGGAGUAAUCCUCUCCCAGUGUGUAUAAUUGCAAAAUGUGAGCCUCCUCCAGCCAUCAGCAAUGGGAAGCACAAUGGUAGAGAAGAAGAUGUAUAUACAUACGGCUCUUCUGUCACCUACAGCUGUGACCCCCACUUCUCACUCUUAGGCAAAGCCUCCAUUUCCUGCACAGUGGAGAACAAAACAAUAGGUGUCUGGAGCCCAAGCCCUCCUACCUGUAAAAAAAUCACCUGUCCUCCACCAAAGGUUCCAAAUGCAGCAAUAAUCUCCGGAUUUGGACCCACCUAUACUUACAAAGACUCUAUUGUAUAUAAUUGCAAAAAUGGUUACAUCCUCAGAGGCAACAGCUUAAUCCAUUGUGAAGAUGAUAACGAAUGGCAUCCUUCUCCUCCUACUUGUGAGCUCAACAGUUGUGUCAACUUACCAGACAUCCCGAAUGCUUCCUGGGAUACACAUAAUCACUACAGGGCAACAAAAUAUGGCAUGUAUAAUAUUGGGACUGUGUUGAGGUACCACUGCAAUCAUGGCUACAGACCCACUGGGGAUGAGCCUACGACUGUGACUUGUCAGGAAGAUUUGACGUGGACCCCAUUCAAAGGGUGUGAGAGUUGCCAUACUCCUCCUAGCAUUGCCCAUGGACGUUAUAAACCAAUUCAAACAUAUUACAGAACUGAGUUUGUGUAUGAAUGUGAUGAAGGAUACACUCUGGUUGGACAGGCUAAAUUUUCCUGCAGGUCUUCAGGCUCAUCACUUCCAGCUCCUCAGUGUAAAGCUCUGUGUUCGAAUCCAAAGAUAGAAAAUGGAAAGCUGUCUGUGCAUAAGUAUCAGUAUACUGAAGGUGAAAAUGUAACUGUGCAGUGCAAUCCUGGCUAUGCUGUGGUAGGCUCUCAAAAUAUCAGUUGCUCAGAGAACAGAACCUGGUACCCAGAGGUGCCCAAGUGUGAGUGGGAAGUUCCCGAAGGCUGUGAGCAAGUGCUGGCAGGAAGACACCUCAUGCAGUGUCUCCCAAGCCCGCAGGAUGUGAAAAUGGCCCUGGACAUAUAUAAACUGUCAUUGGAGAUUGAACAACUGGAACAAGAGAGACACAUGCAGAGAAACACUCGGGAGCAUCAGUAUGAUUUUUCCUAA